UUCAGUGCCAUCAACGCGAUGGAAAGUAAACACGGUUAAAACAGAAAACGUGUUAUGUGGACGAAGAAAACCGACAGAUGAGAUGAGAGGAAUAACCUGGAAAUCAUUUUACGCACCGCCUAUUAGGGUGGGUGCCAUAAUCCUCAUCCUGCAGCUAUGCCUUGUGAUCGAUUUUAACUUUACUGAAUCUUCUGGAGACUAUACAAGUGCAGAGCCUAAGAUGGAUAUGGAGUGCCUUAAUGAUUACAUAACAGAUAUGAUGUGUAGUUUGACUUCAGACCAACAGCUCAUCUGCCCCGAGUACAAUGUGUCUCUAUUUAACGCAAGAACACUUCAAAGAUUUACUUGUGAUUUAAAGCAACGUAUUUCCAGCUCAUGUGAAUGCACAGUGCAUGUGGACUCUGGCUUUGUUUUGGGAGAGGAAUACACGUUUAAGGUGUUGAGAAACAAAAGCCUACUGUUCACUACAAACUUCGGUACUACAGAAAACAUUAAACCUAAAAAACCUGUCAUAAGGACAGUCAAGGAAACAAAGAAUGGAAACUUUGUCAUUGCUUGGGACACGGCUUAUAAUGACUCUGAUGACCUGAUUGCGGAGCUCACUUACUACAUCGAAGGAAGCAAAGGGACGAGAAAAAAUGUGAUCGUACCAACAAAAGGCCAGUUUAAGUACGAGCUUGUAGGCAGAAACCUUGAGUCAAAUUCCAACUAUAUUGUGAUGGCAAGAAUAAAAUCAAUCUUCAAUGACAGAUUCAGCGACUACAGUGUUCCAUAUAGGUUUUCUACACCCUCAUAUCUAAAGGACUAUGUCAAGAUAAUAAUUCCCCUCAUAUGUAUAACUCUGAUCAUCAGCAUUUUUAUCACCUACUAUUUAUGCAACAAAAUCCUGAUUGUUUGGUGGUUCAAGAUUCCUACACCAAAAAUAGCUACUAGUUUUGUAAAACAGGUCCCAAACUUGCUGUCAUUUCAAAACGACUUCUCACCUGACAAUCCCGACGCUUCAAAGCUGCUCCACUCCGGAGAUAAGAUCUGGCCUGCGUCUUCUCCGGUAGACGUCCGAGGUGAAAAUAACAGCCUCAACAGCUUCGGUAGAGACGGAGAUUCGUCAGGAGUGAGUUACAGCCAAGAGAUUCAUAACCCCACCAAUGGACACUGUAUCUAUGACUUGAAUCAGCAUGAGAGCAUUUUUCCUUCUCUGGAGAAGAACUUGGACCCAGUGAUCCAGACAGAUUUGGAGUAUGGCCCGUGUACCCCGUGUACCGGAAGCUCAGGGUCUGAAAACGUCACACCCUCCAGCAGCGAGAUUAUCGUGGUUUAAUGGAUAUCAGAGCCUUAAUAACAUUCUGGAUUGUGCAUCAAAACCUCAAUCGUUUAUCAGCCCUCAUAAUGACGUUUAUCUGAUCACGGAAAAGAUCCUCUGCAGCAAGAACGCACACAACAUUUCCUAUGAAAGCCCCAUCAUCCCAGUGGAGAACGAAUAUAGAGUUUUCCGUAUCUUACUCCAAAAUUCAAAUGAACAACAUAGCCUGGUCACUGGCCCUGAAUUAAAACAGCUUUGUGGCCUGGAUUUGCAUACAUCUCCAGGUAUUGAAAUCGACUGUUCAUAUCACAGGGUAUGAAUUCACAGCUCAGAAACAGAAUUUCUCUAAACGUAUUUGCAGGCCAGACCUUUUCAUGCAGCUUAGCAGCGAGAUCAGGCUUAAAAUAUAUAAACAAUAAAGUGUGUAUUUGUGCUACACAUUUGUGCACAGCUUGUUAAACACAGCAGCAUCGUUAUCCAGAUGUUGCCUGAGAUCCGAUGUUUAAACUCCAUGAAAUCCGAAACUUGAGAGUUCAGGGUGUUUUCGACUGACGUGGUGUGUACAGAUUUUGAAAUCAUAGAACCUUUUUGAUUGUAUUAAAUGCCGUUAUGCCUCCAAAACCCAGAAAUGCGGACAGCCAGACGGCAUUGAGAGCGCGGCCUAACGCAGGGGCUACAUCCCCGGGCCCAGCGUGAUCCUGUCAGACCGCCGCCUCAUGGCGUUACCGUCGCUAGCACCAUCAUAGCUUUGAGUGUAGCCUCUGCGAACUUUAAAGCCGAACUUCUUGUUGCUCUCCGAGAAGAGAUGGUAGGCAUUUUCAAGUCUGAGUUACAGAUGGCUAUAACUGAAAACUUAUCCCAAAUGAAGUCAGAAUUGCAAAGUGUGAAAAGGGAGCUGACGGCUAAUCUAGCCGCUACAAAAUCUGAUGUGGGUGAGCUAAGGGGGACUGUGAUUGCAAUGGAGGAAUCGCUGUCAACUUGCACAGACGACAUGGCGUACCUCAAGAGUAAAGUGGAGAGCCUGUCUAAUAAAGUUCUGGCUCUUGAGAAUAAAUGUGAAGAUCUAGAAGGUA